UCAGACUUGAAAGAGGAAAAGAGUAAGAGUGAGAAAGAAUAUAAAGUGGACUUUAGUACAUCCUACUCACAGAUACAUUUUUAAUGUUUUACAACCAAUAACCUGUCUGUAGUUGUAGUUGUGGUACCACUACACACCAUCAAAAUCAUACCAUCAUCCUCAUUAUCGUUUGGAUUUACCGUCGUUGAUCGUUGUGUCGUUGUCGUCGUGCUAGUCGCCAUCGUCAUCAUUUAUAGUUAAUUAAAAAAAAUUUAAAGGCUCUGUUCUACGGCACAUUAAUAUUUUUUUCAAUAAUACAAACUAGUAUCCUUGUCAAAUAAAAAAAAACUAUUUGUAAUUGCAAUUUGCAGUCGUAUAACUACGAGGGAUCUAUUUUGUUUGUCGUAUGUCCAUCCAGAAUCUUAACACAUUCGACCCCUUUGCAGAUGCAAACAAGGGUACUGAUGAUGAUGUCCAAGACGGUCUCGUGCAUAUAAGAAUCCAACAACGAAAUGGUCGUAAGACCUUAACAACUGUACAAGGACUAUCGUCGGAAUAUGACUUGAAAAAAAUAGUUCGAGCAUGUAAAAAGGAGUUUGCGUGCAAUGGGACUGUAGUAGAUCACCCAGAGUACGGGGAGGUGCUCCAAUUGCAGGGUGAUCAACGUGAAAAUAUAUGCCAGUGGUUAACCAAAGCAGGUUUGGCAAAGCCUGACCAGCUUAAAGUUCACGGUUUUUAAAAAAAUUUUAAAAACAACCACAACAACAACAACACCAACAUCGUCAUCAAGCUACAAGAGGAGCAGCAGCAGCAGCAGCAGGCCAAUUCCAUGUCACCACGUUUAAAAAUAUUCAAUGUCAUUACCACCUAAUAAUCAUCUUAAAUUAUCUGUAUCAUUUGAUUCUAUUACUUGUUGAUAUUUGCUGGUCUGUUAUGAUCAACUAUACGCAUACGACAAAUAUAUAUUUAAAUAUAUUUCAAUAAAUGAAAAAAAAAACGUUAAAAAAAAUAAUAAAUAAAUAAUUAAACUAAAUAAAUAAAAUAAAAUAAAAUAACGGAUAUCAGUAUAGACAGCGGUAAUUUAUGUAAUCCGAACACUUUUUGUAAGACAUUAUAGGAAGCAAUACUUUUAACAGCCUUAUGCUAGAUAAUCCGAGUAACACUUGAAUUAUCGCUAUUUUCAAUUAAAAUAUUUAACAAAAACAUAUUUAAAAUAAUUAGCUGUAAUUAGAUGAAUUUUUGAGAUUAUUGUACAAGCGGUAGAUACAGGUAGCUACGGAUGCUUUUAAUUUUUGAUGAUAGUUAAUAUGUAUCUCGGCGCUAUUGACGUCUUCAGAGAAGAUAUUUUCAUCUUUAAACAAAAUUAUUAAAAAAAUGAAAGGAAAACUAGCUUAAGCUUUAACCGGCUUUCAUCUUUUUAAAAAAUUUUUUUUAGAUUUAUUAUCAACUCACUCAUUCACUAAUUUUAUUUUUAAAUAAAUUCCCGAGAAGAAAUAAAUUAUUCUAGAUUUAUUUAUAAAUAAAAAUAUAAACUCAAAUUUUUUCUAUAAUAAUAAUAAUAAUCAAUAUUUGAGUCUAGUUUUUCCAACUUAAAAAAAUACAUUUUUUUUUUAACUCUGCUUUAAAGCCAGUGAUAGUCGCCGUCACUUUUCUUCUUUUAUAUUUUGUUUGUUUUAUAUUUUUUUGUUUUAACUGAGAUGAAAUACGUAACUAAAUGUUCUUAGAUAAAUAAAUUUGAAUUCAUUUUCCUCAA